CAUCUGGCUACCUUCUGGAAAUAUGCCCAGGUGGAGCUGACUCCUCCUACUCCUGGAGAACUCUAUAUUGAAAACUUUAAGUGUCUAGUGGCCGCAUUUAAGGCAGUGGCUUACAAAUGUGUAACUGUAAAGGAUGCCCUGAGGAGCACGAUAGUGGCCACUGAAACUGUGAUGUGGUUUCACAUUGGCAAGGUCAUUGGCCGACAAAGCUUGAUUGAAUACAAAUUUUGA